AUGACGAAAGAUCAACUCCCAGUCUUUAAUGACGAGAAGCAAGACAUAAUCUGCAACAAAUGUCUUGCUGAAGCCAAAAAAGUCAAGAUGGAUUCAGAUAUCACAAUUCACACCCACAAACCCGAUUCCGUCUCGUCUAAAGCCAUUCGCUACCCAAAAUAUUAUACUACAGAAAUAUGUAUCUUAUCCCUGAUCGUCAUGACUCCUUCUCUAUUAAUCUGUCUUCUCAUCAUCUAUCAAACAAUCACUCAUUCCGAAAGCUGGAAUUCCAAGACCAAAUAUCAUCCUCUGAGAUACACACUCAGAGAAUCUCAGUUUUCUCCCACACAAAUCGAAUGGGGAAAUAAAUAUGUGUUACCCUCAACACGAUUUAUCUUUUCAGCCGUCAUAUGGGAGGAAUGGGUUCUGGGCUCUUGUUUUGGCGCCAUAUUGAUGAUGACUAUGAUAAUGGUGCUCCUCAUCAAUAUUCACAUGCGAGGAUAUUUUAAAGCGCGUCAAUUGGAUGACGGUGAAAAUAUGGGCGCUGGAGAGAAGAAUGUAUGGUGUUGA